AUAUUCUUAUUACAAAGCUUAGCAUGCUGCAGUCAAUGAUGAAAUAGAAUAGGGUAUUUAUAUACGGCAGAUACAGCACCUAAGAAUAACAAGCUGCUGCCUACAGAACCCUAACAAAGAUGAAGAUUGAUUGAAUCUUUUUAGGCCAGGGCUUAGCCAUUUUUAGAAACAGCAGCUAAGACCAGUAACGUGAUGCCGAUGUAUGAAUUCUUCUUCCGAGCGAGGAUGUUCAGCACUCCUUCCCUCCCACCACCAUCCUGGCAAAGGACCGGCACUGGAGUACCCAAAGAGAGGCGUCUCUAAUGGACCAGACAGAGUACAUCCUGUUUCAAGAGAUGUAUUCUGGAAGAGCGUCGAGUCAUGUAGGACCAUACAAGAGAAAAGAAUACAUCUUGUGUCAAGAGAUUUGCUGUGGAAGAGAAUCGAGUCCUGUAGGACCAGCGGAGAGAAAAGGAUGUUCAGCACUCCUUCCCUCCCACCACCAUCCUGGCAAAGGACCGGCACUGGAGUACCCAAAGAGAGGCGUCUCUAAUGGACCAGACAGAGUACAUCCUGUUUCAAGAGAUGUAUUCUGGAAGAGCGUCGAGUCAUGUAGGACCAUACAAGAGAAAAGAAUACAUCUUGUGUCAAGAGAUUUGCUGUGGAAGAGAAUCGAGUCCUGUGGGACCAGCGGAGAGAAAAGGUGAGAAAUUUGCAAUCUUGUUUGUUUUCUUUAUCUAUAAAAUUGACUGAAGUUAUUGGAAAGAUAUAAUGAGAGUCAGAAGACCAAGUAGUAGGCUAAAUGGCAGAGACAGCACCUAAGAUUAGCAAGCUGCUGCCAAUAACUAGUGAUGUUUUAUAUAUUUAUAAGCAUU